CCUAGACCUGAGGUAUUCAUCGGUAUUCACUCGAUCCCGAGGUUCGCCCCUCUUCUAGUCUAUCGUCCGCCCCUCAUCAAUGGCACGACACGUGAUAUGUUCGUCACCACGGCAGCGACUCGAAUGCAGGCAGCAUAUUGCGCGAGCAGCUCGCCGUCGUUUAAUUGUUACCGCCGCGCAUUGCCUCCGACAUAGCUGUUCCCUCUCCUCCAUCCUCACCACCGACCUCCUCACGACAGAGACCCCCAUCGAACCCGAUCCGCAACCGCCGCGCAGCAACCAUGGCCGCUCCCACCACCGUCAACAUCAAGAACCUCACGGGCACCUUCGUCAUGGACAAGACCCUCAGCGACAGCUCCAUCCCCGUCCUGAAGAUGCAGAAGAUCCCCUGGAUCGUCCAGCAGGCCGUCUACUACAGCACCAUCACCGUCAAGCUGAAGCAGACCACCGACGAGGCCGGCGUCGUCCACAUCGACCAGGAGCAGCUCUCCACCGGCACCGUGCAGCACGAGCCGCGCCUGGUCACCGGCGAGUGGGCCGAGCGCGACGUGCAGUUCUGGGGGAAGGUCAAGGGAAAGACAUCAUACAAGAAGAUCUCCGAGCUCACCGACGACUUCCUCAAGGAGGGCUGGGCCGCCGAGCACACCGCCGAGGGCGACGACGCCGUCAUCCUCGAGUCCUACACCGAGUCCCUGGCCGACACCUGGACCGCCACCCAGAUCUGGGGCUUCGCCGAGGUCCAGGGCGAGCGGCGCCACGUGCGCCGCAUCCUGGCGGAGAAGGAGGGCAAGACCGAGCGCAUCCGGUUGGUGUACAACUACCAGGGCGAGUAGAUGUUGUCGUCGUUGUUAUUGUUGUGGUGGCGGUGGUGUGUUUCAGGGAAACAGGACGGACAUAUUCAAAUCGAAACGAAUCUUUUUUUAUUUCUGCUCCAAGGAAA